AUGGCCAAGUUGGUAUGUCUCCUCGCUCUCACAUGCUUACUAUCACAAUCCACAAAUGCUCGAGUAACGAAUACUGUGAAGAGCGAAACCGUCGGUCCACAGCACACUAUUGCUGCCAAAGCAUCAGUGGCAUCAACUGUACCAUAUGCUCCAAAGUCACGAACUGUAUCAAAAUCAACUCUACCAACUGCUCCAAAAUCAACUGAUCGUAUAUUAGAAGUUACAACUUCUGCCUUCCAUCUGCCUUCAUUUGAUGAGAUCUACACGUCAAAUGGAUGUGUCCCUCCAGAUUCUUACAACGGUUACCGACGAAUCUAUUUGAACUUGACUCGAGAAUGGGCAUACCCUGCUGGUGUUUCGAAACAGGUCAUUGCUGUCAAUGGAGAAUUUCCUGCUCCCCCAGUUGUUGGUGUUGAAGGAGAGAUUCUGCAAGUCACUGUCUUCAACAAUUUGGAAGAACCAACUUCUAUUCACUGGCAUGGAUUGCAUGGAUUCUACCAGCGUCAUGGAUUGACAGUUUACGACGGCUCGUCCUUUGCAGCACAAUGUCCAAUUCCUGUCGGCGCUAGCUUCACUCAAUUCAUCGCUCUCUUCCAAACUGGAACAUAUUGGUACCAUUCUCAUAGUGGUCUCCAGUAUGGUGAUGGACUUAGAGCUGCCGUUGUAGUCUUGCCAAGAUGUCAACGACCUUUACUACGAGGUGUUGAAUCCUUUGUCAUCACUGUUACAGAACACUAUUUCAACACAUCAACUGAAUCUCAAGCAGCCUUUUUAUCACCGAGUGAUACUGUUGGUAUCAUCUCACCGGAUACUGGCCUCAUCAAUGGUGUUGGUCAAUUUGAUUGCAAGAAUGCGCUCCCUAUCAACCAUACUUGUCGAGCUGUCACCAAACCAUAUACUGUCAAAGUUCUUCCAAACAAGGUGUAUAUGUUGAGGUUUGCCGCAAUCUCGAGCAUUGGGGCUUUCAAUGUAUCAAUAGCUGGUCACAAAAUGACUGUCAUUGAAGCUGACGGUGAUGACAUGGUGCCAGUUGAAGUGCCUGAAUUCGAAAUGUCUAUUGGUCAACGUAUUACAGCACUCAUCAGGACCGAUGCACGUCCUGCCAGAAACUACCAAAUACUCGCUCGAAUGUCUCUUUCAAAUGUUCAAUCGCCAUACAGUUACUUCAACAACAAUUUUACGGCUGUUUUACAUUAUCAAGGAGCUCCGGUACCAACCUGGACCAACAUGAUCAAAAGCACAGAAAUUCGCUUGAAUACGCUGCAUGAUUACGAUCCAAUACCAGUCUAUGGAUACAAGGAGACGACGGACUAUUCUGUCAAAUGUCCGACUCAACACGCGCACUUUGGACCUUGCUAUUUAGAUAAGCGAAUCAUUCCCGGUUCACAUCCAAGCAAGAAGGUAUACUGCCCCAAAGAAGUGGACAAACGAAUCCAAAUAUACUGGGGAUUCUUUCAGACCAAUCAAACCGGUACCUUUUAUCCUUUUAUGACAUACUCUGUAAAUGGUGUCCAUGUGGAAACAAACAGCUCGUGGGUGGCAACCCCUAUUCCUAUCUUGGGUCUUGUCAAGGGUGAUUUGCCUCUUCCAAGCAAAUCCAACCCAAUUUUUUUGGAGUUGGGUGAUGUGGUUGAAAUCGUGAUCAGUAAUGCUGGUCGUCAAAGUCACACUUGGCAUUUGCAUGGUCAAAGUUUCUACAUUACAGCACGUGGGACGUCAAACACAGACAACAUCACUGCUGAAAUGGUUCAAAAUGCUACCCGUUUGGAAGGCGCUGCCUAUCGAGACUCGAUCUUUAUGCCAGUUGACUCGUGGUUUGCUUUACGUUUCAAAGCUGACAAUGAAGGUGUUUGGCCCAUGCACUGUCACAUUGAUUUCCAUUUGCUAACUGGGAUGGCAGUCAACUUCAUCGUUGGUAAAAAGAAGAUCCAAGAAGAACUUUACAUUCCAUCCGAAUGGUAUGAUACUUGCAAUGCCGCGCGAGCAGAAGUGGUCAGAGCACAAGAUGACGAUGAAAGUGACGAUACCGCUGCUGGCACAGCCAAGAUUCGAGUCGAGGAUGUACAAUUCACUCACUACUUUCCAAACAAUCCAUUCAAAACCAUCGUACCUGGUCAACCAACAGAGUGUUUAAUCGGAAUGAAGAACCUAGGCAUCAAAAAUGAAACAUACACUGUAUAUGGAUUAACAGGUGCUUUGGUGUCUCCUCAAAAUCUUUCAACGAUUAUUAAAAAUUUGACUGCCGUCCGGUACAUCGUCACACUGGAGCCAUAUGAAGAAGCAACACUACCGUACAAGAUCAAAGUUGAUUUGGAUUCCAUGGAUGUCGGAUUAGUUGUACUUGUUGACUACAUUGACUCGGAAGAGAACCCAUUACGAGGCCUAGGCUUCUCAGACACCGUCAAAAUCACAUCUCCAAUCAGCACAUUCGACAUACAGACCCUAUCUGUAUAUGUCCUCUUGGUAGCAUUUGUCGGUAUAGUAGGAUAUUUCACUUAUACGACGUUUUUGGUACAAUACUUGCCCCAAUCACCGCCAAAGCGAAAGACGAGGUCGUCAACUACUGCAGGUCCUUCAUCAUCGUCUUCUGUUGUCGCUGCUGGAGGCUCAAGUCCUGGAAAGAGUGAUGAGAAUGGUAGUAGUGCGCCUACAGACCCGGGCAAAGUAAAUAUGGAUUGGAUACCAGAUCAUCUCAAGAAUGAGAAGUCACCGAAAAUGAAAAAGAGAAAGUAA